GUACUUUCACUAUCGUUUUCUCGGAACUAGAAUACAAAUAAAAAGUUUUGUCAACAAAAACAAAUAAGAAAGGCGAUGACGAAUGAUUGGGAUUCCCCAGAAUUAUCAAACGAACUUGCUACAUACAGCAGUGCAAAAUGCCUAAGAAAAAAAAGCGAGGAAGACAAACUCAACAUGAAAGUAAACCUUCUUCUACUAAUGCACCUCAAGCAUCUGCAUCGUCUUCAUCUGAACCGACAAAAAGUGAGACAAUUUCUGCUUCAGCGUCAUCAAAACAAACAGUGAACGUGGAAGACAUAUCUCCAAAAAUUAAAGAAAUUAGCAUACAAUCUAAUGAAAUAAAUAAAAUACAAUCUGAACCUGAUGCUAUCGCAAAAAAGGAAGGCGCUUCAUCUUCGAUCAGCGUGGUUACUAUUCCUUUGCAAGAGCAGAAAGUUAAGCACGUUCCUCCGCCAUCUUUAGUUCCAGAGCAAGCUAAAAGAAAAAGUCAAAAAACUAUGAUUGUCCAAGGAGCUGGAGGAUCUGUUGGUGCCACUAGUAACCAAAUGCAACCGCCACAUGUAGAACCUGGAAAAAAGAAUUACGGAACAGAUGGUCGCAAGAUAGCAGUGCACGCAAAUCAUUUCGAAAUGAAAAUCAACAUCCCAAAUCGCAUGAUAUAUCACUAUGAUGUUCAAUUUCAUUUUCCUUGGAAACGAGAAGUACGAAAAGCUGACAGACCUUUUCUUAUUAAAGUGAUUGAAGCGUUAAAGAGGAAAUAUGGAAAGGAUGUCAUGGGGAGUCCAUCUUCCAUUGUUUUUGAUGGUUUAAAGAAUAUAUACACAUGCCAAAAGAUGAACUUCCCAUCUGGUGAAUUUAUUGGGACUGUUUCGGAAAAACAAGACGCAGAAUCGGUAAAAGAAAUUGAAAUGACAGUGAAAGUAAAAUUUGUUGGUUCUGUGGACACUCAACACGCUGUGGAGGAAUAUAUGCGAAGAGGUACAACCGCUACUCGUCCUAAUGAUUCCAUCCAAGCCCUAAACAUCAUUUUGGGUAUGACUCCACAGUUAAAAUUUGAGACUUUAGGAAGGAGUUAUUUCAAUCCUGUGAAAGAAGCCAAUGGUGUCAUUGAUCUUGGUGGCGGUAAAUCUCUGUGGGUGGGUACGUUUCAAUCUGUUCGUUUGGGUUGGAAACCAAUGCUGAACGUUGAUAUGGCAAAUAAACCAGCAUACGAACAGUCACCAAUUACUACCUUCGUGAACACACUUUUGGCGCCACCUGUACGUGGACCGAGGCAUCAUCCUUCUGCAAGACCGCCAAACGAACUGAAAGAAAUACCCGAUAAAAAAGGUUUCCGAAAGGUUGAGGAUGAGUUAAAGCAGUUGAAGAUAAAAUUUUUGAGACCCGAUGGACAAAAGCGUGAGUAUCGUAUUAACAAGUUGAUGGAGCGUGCUUCAAUUUUGAAGAUGAAACAGGACGAUGGAAAAGUGUUAACCAUUCAGCAAUACUUUCAACAACAAUAUAAUUUCACGCUCAAGUAUCCAAAUCUGCCGUGUUUGCAUGUUGGAGAUCCUAAAAAGACCAUCUAUUUACCAAUGGAGUUAUGUGAACUCAAGAAACAAGUUGCUCCACGCUCAAAAAUGUUAAGUGAUGAUGAGCUGGCUAAUAUAAUUAGAAAGACCGCUAUGCCCCCUGCGGAACGAAAGAAAAAAAUAAUUAGCAAUCUUUCUAAUCUCAACGAUGGAUUUAAGGAGGAUCCCUACGCUAAAGCUUUUGGUAUUUCUGUAUCGAACAACAUGGCGGAAAUUCAAGCAAGAGUUCUUCAACCACCAUCUUUGAAAUACAAAAAUCAGCAAUCAAUGCAAGACACGAAAUUUCAGGGUGUAAAAGACGGAAAAUGGCACAUGGGUUUGGAGAAAGACAGAGAAAAGUUUAUGUUUGUAAAAGGCAUGCAAAUAAAUAGGUGGGGCUUGCUUGAUCUAGCUAAUGUGAAGGAUGAAGAGAAAAGCCGAUUCGUGGAUGCAUUAUACGCAGAAGGGCAUAACCGUGGUUUAGAAAUCGAUUUUCCGAAAUAUGGUCGAGCCGAUGAUCGCAGCCUUCCAGAGGUUGAAAAAGAAUUCAAAAGGUUGUACGAAGAUUUAAAGUCUACAGGAAAACCAGAUCUUAUUAUGAUUCUUGUGUUUCGCAAAAGUCAAGUGUAUUCUUGGAUAAAGCACCUUGGUGAUGUGUGUCUAAAAAUACCAACACAAUUUAUAAUGAAGAAAACGAUGUUUGGCAGAGAUGGUAAACCAAGCUCACAAACGCUUCAUAAUAUAUGCCUGAAGCUGAAUUCAAAACUGCAGGGCGUAAACCAAACUUUAUUCUCACGCCCCAAAAUCAUGAAUAGACCUAUUAUGAUAAUGGGAGCUGAUGUAACACACCCGUCUCCAGGGGAUUUGAAAAAGAAGCCUUCCAUAGCUGCAGUUGUAGCAUCAUGUGAUCCGAACGCGUCUCAAUAUAACACUGAAGUUCGUUUGCAGUAUGAUGGACAGGUCGUGGAAGUGAUCAAACAAAUGGAAGAGAUAACGGUGAAAUUAUUGAAGAAAUUUAAUGAAAGAACUAAAUAUCAACCAGAACGUAUUUUGUUCUACAGAGAUGGUGUGAGUGAAGGACAAUUUCUAGAAGUUCUAAACUGCGAAAUGUCAGCCAUACGAAGAGCUUGCACUUCAUUAAACAAGAACUACAAGCCACAGAUCACAUUUCUGGUUGCUCAAAAGAGACACAAAACACGACUUUUUCCAGUUAACGAGAGAGACGGCGUGGGAAAGAUGAAAAAUGUCCCACCUGGUACAGUCGUCGAUACUGUCAUCACACAUCCUACGGAGUACGACUUUUUUUUGGCUUCGCAUGAAGGAAUUCAAGGAACCACUAAACCAACACAUUAUCACUUACUAUGGGACGACAGUAACAUGCCUCCUGAUGAACUGCAAACCCUCACGUAUCACCUGUGUCACUUAUACUCGCGUUGUGAGAGAAGUGUGAGCUAUCCAGCGCCCACAUAUUACGCCCACUUAGCGGCGUUCCGUGCACGGGAACAUCACAAUGCCUUAUUAGAUAAAGCUGGUGGCAAAGAGAUUGCUAAAUCGGAUAUCGAGAAAAUUGAAAAUCUGGAUAUUGUUAAUUAUUUUAUAUGAAAACGUAUAAUGUUUGUUUACUUGUUUUGGGGAAUAAAACAUUCUAUGGACUGUAAAUAAAUAAUUAAACCCUAAGGAACUACUCUUGGUAACCUUAUUGUAGCAGGGGACUUAUUGAAGAGUUUUUUUAAUUUUUGUUGCAAUGCAGGGUUGUGUAACAUAUUUACUUGUGUUCUUUAUGACGUCUUUGAAAACUCUUGUUUCAGAUAUCAUUUUCUUUCUAAGAACAGGGUAGUUGGAUUUUCUGUAUUCGUCACAGGGAGGUGGCAGUAAAUUAAAAUGGAUGGUAAGAUUUUUCGAAUUUUGUAUUGCCCCUACCCCAAAAAUUCUAUAAGUAGGUUACCAGGUGUAUUUGUCAGAGAGAUUUUAAGUAUUUUUGAAUUCAAUAAGGCUACGGCAUUUCUUACAAAUACGUUCCAGGGGGUUUGGCCAAGUAUUUACGGUUGUGCACUUAUCAGUAUUCUCUCGAAUUUAGCCUUUAUGUUCACAAGAUAAUGCUUCUUUUAAACAUUUUAUCUAACCGAAAUCUCUAGAAAUACAUCAAAACUUAUUUUUUUUUCAUAAAAGAUAUAUCUCCUGAAAACAGCA